GCUCCUCUGCUCGCGUUUUGUAACCCUUGAUGUGCCGCGAAGGCCGCAGUUCUUAUAACUUAAGAAGGAGGUUUUGCGAGGUCUCGCAGGUCUUUCGCGAGCAGAGACAAUGGCGGAAAAACUGACGGUCUCCAUGCUGCGACGAAUUCAGUUCAUCCUGCUUAUCUUUGUCUCCUCUCAAUACCCUCUCGGAUUCUCCUCUCCUUCGUCGGAUGUGCGGAUUCUUAGCGCCGAGAAAAGGGUUGAUUUGACCUCAUCAAUUGUAAAGGUUUACUUAACUCUGAAGGUAGAAAAUUCUGGGACAUCUCAUGCAUCAGAUAUUUUUCUUGCAUUUUCACCCACAGAAGCUGAACACUUGGCAAUAAUAAAAGCAUCUUUACCUGAGGGCAAACGAAAAAAGAAAAAAUAUACUCCUCUUGAUGUAAAUCUCACUGAAUUGUCUGAUGCACCUAACGGUGCUAAACUCUUUUCUGUAUCUCUGAUUAACCCCCUACUGGCUGGUGAAACAGCAAUUGUAGAAGUGCUUUACAUACUGACUCAUUCAUUAGAGCCUUUUCCAGCAGAGAUCAGUCAGUCAGAGUCACAAUUGGUUUAUUACCGAGACAGUGCAGUAUUGCUGUCCCCUUAUCAUGUUGUGGAACAGAUUAUGUAUAUCAAAACACCUACUAACAAGAUCGAGUCUUUUACGAGAGUAGACCCGACUAACCAUUUGGGUACAGAGAUAAAAUAUGGGACCUUUCGCAACCAUCCUCCAUAUUAUUCUUCCCCUAUAGUUAUACAUUUUGAAAAUAAUAAUCCAUUUCCGGUGGUUGAGGAGCUUGUUCGGGAAGUGGAGAUUUCUCAUUGGGGUUCUCUACAAGUAAAGGAGCACUAUCAAUUAAAACAUGCUGGUGCGCGACACAAAGGAGUAUUCUCAAGGCUUGAAUACCAGGCAAGGCCAUCCAUUAAUGGCGCCUCAUCAUUCAAACAACUUCUUGCAAAACUGCCUCCUCGAGUUCACUCAGUAUAUUAUCGAGAUGCAAUCGGGAAUAUUUCAUCAUCACAUUUGCGCACUGAUUAUCAGAAGUCUGAAUUGGAAAUAGAGCCUCGUUAUCCAUUAUUUGGAGGUUGGAAGGCCAGUUUUGUGAUUGGUUACUCGGUACCUCUGGAAGAUUUCUUGUUUGAAUCGCCUGAUGGACAACAUUAUUUGAACUUCAGCUUUGGAUGUCCUCUCUAUGAAACUCUUGUUGAUUCUAUAACUAUUAAAGUUGUACUGCCGGAGGGAUCCAAAAACCCAUCUGCUGUACUUCCCUUUGGAGCAGAUCGAUAUUUAGAGAAAACUUACUCGUACCUUGAUGUUGUUGGGAGGACUACAGUGGUCAUCAAGAAGAAGAAUGUAGUUCCAGAGCACAACGUUCCUUUCCAGGUCUAUUACAAUUUCAACCCAAUAUUUAUGCUUGCGGAGCCAUUGAUGCUGGUAACUGCAAUUUUCCUUUUCUUCAGUGCCUGUAUUGCAUAUUUGCGCAUGGAUCUGUCCUUUGCAAAGCCAUGAAGAAUUGCAAGAAUUUGCCUCUAGGGAAUCAGGAAUGUACGGAUUUAUGCAAGAACAUGUCAUUAUGGCACAAAUUUUGGAUUAGAUUGCUUAUUGUUUUUAAA